CGGUUUUAAAGUUCAUAAUUCAACUACUUGUAAAAACAAAUGAACCGACAAAUAAUGCAAAACAUGGUUUAAAAACACUACAAUCGACCAGAAAUCAAAGUGACCACAACAAUUUGUGCAGUCCUUCCCACAAUACCAGCACCACCGGUUUAAUUUCCUAUUAUAGCGAGUUGUUUUUAAUUAUUAAUAAGAUACAGUCAGUGAUUAACAAAAAUGAAAACAUCAACAGGUUUUUUGUGGCUGGCGGGUCUGUUUCCGAUAUUAUUUUUAGGCGUUGCGAAGAUUUCUUAUAGUUUUGGGGACAACAGUAUUUUGAAAUAUUUGGGCUUUGGUUUUCCGGAUGAACCGAUUCUCACGCAAAACAUUACCGAGCUAAUUCAGAGUUGGCCUGGCUUUAGUGCCGAAGAACAUUACCUUACCACCGAAGAUGGAUACCGAGUGCUUGUCGAAAGGGCGUACUCAAAAAUAACACAAAAGAAUCCCAUUAUUAUAGUACAUGGGAUCGCUAUGAGUGCUUUCGGUUGGGUUAAUAGAGGAAACGUAUCAUUAGCUAGAUUAUUAGGCGACCUUGGAUAUGACGUAUGGAUGUUAAAUUACAGGGGCACGUGGUAUAGUAAAGGUCAUGUCAACUUAACUACUGGUAACAAAAACUACUGGAAGUACACAAUAGAUAAUUUAGGAUUAUACGAUGUCAGAGCAGUAGUAAACUUUGUAUCGCAGGAGACGAACCGUCAAUCAAUUUAUUUAGGUUACUCCAUGGGAUCCUCUGGCUUCUAUAUUUAUUCAUCGACGUUUCCAGAAGAAGCAAAGGAGAAUGUUAAGGCUAUGAUAGGAAUCGCUCCUGUCAUUAAUUUUACCGGAGUGAAAAGUAUCGCACUGUAUACUAGUUAUGUAUGGCCCACGUUGAAAAGGUUUAUUUACACAUUUUGGAACGGAGAAAUCUUACCAGGUUAUUCUAUAUUUUUGAGACCACUGACACGUUUUUCAGGGGGCAUGUAUCUUAUUCAAUCGAUCAACAAUUUAUUGUUUGGAGACGACUACGACCAAAUGGAUCCUCUACACUAUCCGCAGUUUGCUACACAGAUGCUAGACAGCGUGGCCGUCGAAUUAUGGACUCACUAUUUACAAAUCUACGAAACGGGUGUUUUUAAAAGGUUCGAUUAUGGAGAGGAAAUGAAUUUAAAAAAAUACGGUACUCCAACACCACCCGUUUACGAUUUAUCCAAAAUACAAAUCCCUAUGGCUGUGUUCGCUAGUGAGAAUGAUUGGUUGGCAACAAUUGAGAAUGCCAAUCAAAUAUAUUCAGAAAUCCAGCCGUCAGUUAGAUGUGGAUUUCACGUCAUACCUCAUAAGAAAUGGAACCAUAUCGACUUCCUAAUAGCCAAAGACAAUCCCAAAUAUUUUUAUAAAUAUUUAUUUAAAAAGGUUAAUGACUUGGGCGAUGGAAAAUGUGAGUCCUGAGGAAUUUUUUAUAGACUUUUAUGUAAAUAGUGUGCGAGAGAAUGUGAGUGGUGAUUCGUAAUCGUAACAAAGGUCCCGGUCGGUUACAUCUUUUAUCCGAUACUUAAAAGUGACUGUUAUUCUAGAAAUAUAUGUAUAGAACUAUAUCCUAACUUAAUUUAUAAAAUAAAUCGGUGUGUUUAUAGAUGAAAAUGUGUAAAUACCAUGUUAACAAAUGUUAAUAUCACUUAAUGUGUCUAAUAUGCCCCUGGUACUGAUAGUACUAAAACGUUUUAGAAAAGAUAUACGUUAUAUAAAUAAAAGUUCUUAAGACCUAAUAAAGGAUUAAUUUAUUGUAAUAGCCUAGGAUCUUAGUGAAAAAACACCCUUUUUUUAAAGAUUUAAACAAUAUUGUUUAUUUUUAAAAAUAAAAAUGCAAAAUGUUG